AUGGGGGAUAUAAGUAGCAGCAGCAUUAUUACCACCAGCAGCAGCAACAGCAACAGCAGCAGCAGUUGGAGCGGUGAAGGAGACGGUUCUGGUGAUGGGUUUGGGUAUAUGCAGCAGCAGCAACAGCAGCAGCAACAAAUUCUUGCUAAUGCUGCUGUAGGUACUAGGGAUGCAUAUAAUAGGAUACAGCAGCAGCAGCAAAGGAUGCAGCAGCAGCAACAAUCUCUUGAUAUAUAUGCUAAGAAUCUUGCUGCUGCUGCUGAAGCUGCUGCUGCUGCUGCUAGGGGAGAGAGCAGCAGCAGCAACUAUCCUGUUGAUGAAUGUCAUAUGCGAGUACUUAAAUACUUAACAGAGAAAAGAGGAAUUAAAGUAGAGACUCUGUUGGAGUUUGGUGUUGGUUGUGGGGUUUUCUACUUCCCUCCUGCCAGUGGUGAUGGCCCACGUGAGCCUCACUGCUGCGUGACGUUCCCAUGGACUCCUGCUACGCACCCUUCAGCAGCAGCAACAGCAGCAGCCGCAGCAGGCUCAUCAGCAGCAGCAGCACGUCCUAAGCCCGUACGUAUAAAGGUGCGAAGCAUAGAUGAUAAGAGUUGCAUGCGCCUCGAGCCUUUUGGGGCUGGCGCUGCUUGGGGUCUAUUUGGUGCUGAUGUUGUCUUAAGACAAAUAGAAAAGAGCAGCAGCAGCAGCAGCAGCAGCAGCAGCAGCAACAGCAGCAGCAGCAGCAGCACUCGCAGCAGUGGACCGGGACGGAGAAAGAGCAAAAGCACGAGUGACACAGCAGCAGCAGCAGCAGCCUCUGCUGCUUCUGACCCAUCGUCUGCUGCAGCAGCAUCAGGGGGAUCAGAAUUCACAGGAGCAGCAGAUGCAGCAGGAUCAGCAGCAGCAGCAGCAGCAGCAGCAGGCAGUGUAAUAUGUAUAGCAGAAGGGGAGUUCGAUGCUAUGUCUAUAUGGCAGGAGACAGGUGUCCCUACUGUCUCCGUCCCCUUAGGGGCUAACAGUUUACCACCACAAUUACUCCCUUUCUUUGAGAGAUUUAGAUCUAUUUAUCUAUGGUUCGAUGAGGACCGUGCCGGUAGAGAAGGUGCAGAUCUAUGGGCAUCUAAGUUGGGUAUAAGUCGUUGUCACCUCGUUCGCUGGACAGACGUGUUGCUGCUGCUGCAGCAGCAGCAGCAACAGCAGCAACAGCAGCAGCAGCAAGACGACCAUCAGGAGAAUAAGGAGAAUAAGGAGAAUAAGGAGGACAUGUUGCUGCAGAUACCUAAGGAUGCUAAUGAGUGUCUCCUGCUUGGUUAUGAUAUAAAUAUGUUGUUAUUAUCCUCAAGAAGAAUUCCUCAUCAACAGAUCCUUACCUUUCAUGAUCUAAGGUCUAAAGUAUUACAUGAGUUAUUAGAGCCAGGAGGCUUUAGACGCGGCGAACUAAGUGUAUGGACAGGAGGAACAGGGGUAGGUAAGACAACAGCAUUAUCUCAAUUAUCUCUUGAUUUCUGUGCACAAGGAAUACCUACACUAUGGGGAUCCUUUGAAGUUAGUAAUGUUAGGCUACUACGUAUGAUGUUAUUACAAUUUAGUGGUGGUGCAGCAGGAGACAAUCAUCAAUCUUUUGUUCGUGUUGCUGAUUCUUUCUCUCAAUUACCCCUAUGGUUAAUGAGGUUCCAUGGAUCUACUAAUGUUGAUGAAGUCUUAGAUGCCAUGGAUUAUGCAGUAUAUGCUCAUGACGAUGACGACGUUCCUCUUGGUUUAUCUUCUGUCUUUGGUAGUGUAAAAUCAACACAAGAAGCAGACAAUGUUAUUAUCCUGCAGCGGCAAGUAGCAAAGGGUUCCUCGCGUCUUGAUCAGCAGCAGCAGCAGCAGCAGCAGGAGUUACUGCAGCAGCAGCAACUGCAGCAGAUGAGCCCUAGCAGACACAAGCAGCGCCGCAUGCAAUAUUCCCUAGAGAUAAGAAAGAACAGAUUCUCUGGGGAGUUGGGAUCGGUUCCCUAUGUAUUCGAUCCCCGAUCCCUUCUUAUGCGUACACGGCUGCCAUCUGGUCGCCAAGAAGGCAGUGGGGAGCAGCAAUCAGAAGCAGCAGCAGCAGCAGCAGCAGAUGGUGCUGCUGCUGCUGCUAAAGGGGGACUGGGUGACUUCGGUCUAAGCAACAACACAAAAGAUGCAGCAUUUAGAAUCCCCCGCGAGCAGCAAACCCUCAUGAGCAUGUUUACCCCUCGAGGUAUUUUGUCUCCUGGUGUUAAUACAGAGGAAAGGAGACAAAGGGGACUGCUGCAGCAGCAGCUGCAGCUGUCGCGGCGUCAGACAAGUAGAGGAGGACCUGCUGCUGCUGCUGCUGCUGCAGGUGCUUCUGCUGCUCCUGCUGCUCCUGUUCCUGCACUCAUUCCCAUUAAACCGCAUUCGCCUGCUGCAGCACCAGAAGGUGCUGCUGCUGCUGCUGCAGCAGCAGCAGCAGCAGAACAGAAAGCAGAAGCAAGUCAUUCAGCUUCACCACCAGUAGCAGGAGGAGAAACCGCAGCAGUACCGACACCAGCAGAACCAGCAGCAGCAGCAGCAGCAGGAGACACUGCAGCAGCUGGUGUUGCACCUCCACCUCUUGAACUAUCAGAGGACCUGCCUAUAGCUGUGCUGAGGGAGAUUGCUGCUGCACUGCCGCUGCAGCAGCCAAUAAAGACGGCAGGAGCAGGAAGGACGAAGCUGCUGCUGCUGCAGGAUUUGCAUGCAGCAGCAGAUGCAAGCCCCAGGAUUAAAGCCUAUAUACAACGCAUGCUGCAGCAGCACCAACGCAUGCAGCAGCAGAAACAGCAGCAGGAGCAACAGCAGCAGCAGUUGAAGGACGCUGCAGCGGCAGCAGGAUCCAAUGGCACUGACGAACAGUCUGCAGCAGCAGGAGAUGCUGCUGCUGCUGCUGAUGGCAGCAGCAUAGAGUCAGUGGCUCCUCCUUCGCCUCCUCUUACCCGUUCGGUCCCUUUGCUGCAGUACCUAGAGGAGCACGGCAGCAGCUAUGCUGCAGCAGCACGUGCCUAUCAGCAGUCUGUAAGAGAAGCAGCAGCAACACGGAAAACGGAGACCGAUGCUCCUGCUGCUGCUGCUGGUGCUGAUGCUGCUGCUGCUGCUGAUGGUUUGGGGUCUACAGCAGACAGCUCGGAUUCGUCAGCUCCGGCCGCAGACUCUUCGGCGGCACCCUUGCCCCCCAACAACAGCAGCAGCAGCGACAGCAGCAGCAGCAGCAGCAGCAAGGAGGAUGAUGAGGUGUAUGUACAGGUACCAAUAGAUGUAUCUGAUGGUCGUUUAUCCGCUGAUUAUGUAUUAAUAGAUUCAGCAGCAAAAGCGCAGCAAAUAGAUGCGCUGCUGCUGCAUUUGCUGCAGUUCUUAGAGAAGACUGCUGCAGAAAGAAAGCAGCAGAAGGAACAGCAGCAGCAGCAGCAGCAGCAGCAGCAGCAAUUGAAUCCUGAUUGGCAACCAGAAGCUGGGGUGUAUAGACAGCCUGAGGGAUUAAUCGCCAUGGGCCUCGAUGUAGAGACAACAGGAUUAGAUCCAAGAACAUCACAACUAAGGUAA